AUGGAGCCAGCUCCCAUCAAGCAAACAAGGAUUCUUGCUGCAAAAAGAUCAUUUCGUCCUCAAAAGGAAAAUAAGACACAUGGAAUUUUCAUUUGCUCUUUGAGAGAGAACCACGCGAGGAUCUCUUACGAAAGCGAGACAAUUCAAUCUUUAUCCUCACUAUAUAUCGUGGAUAAAUUAUCAG